CUUCAAAUCCCCUUGAACAUGCCGUCAGCUGCCCAGGUUUUCUACUUGGCUGUGUUUUCGCUGCUGUGCGGCUCACACGCUGAGAAACCAAAGAGCGUCCCUGCAAACGUCUGCGAUCUUGAGCGUGGCGCCAUAGUAUCCGAUGCCUGUGCGAGCUACGACACCCUCGAGCAACUCAACGAUGCCAUAUACCCUUACCUCAACUCCAUCACCCAGAAUACCGACUUCUUCUCCCACUACCGUCUGAGUCUCUUCAACAAAAAAUGCCCCUUCUGGAGCGACGAGAAUGGCAUGUGUGGGAACGUGGCCUGCGCGGUAAAUACACUGGAUAAUGAGGAGGAUAUCCCGUUGGUCUGGCGAGCAAAAGAGCUGGGGAGGCUGGAAGGUCCAACUGCACAGCAUCCGGGGAAGACGCAACAAAGGGAAAACAGGCAGAGACCCCUCCAAGGAGGUCUAGGCGAUGGGGUUGACGAGAGCUGCGUGGUGGAAUACGAUGACGAGUGCGACGACCGCGACUAUUGUAUCCCGGAGGACCAGUCGGCCACGGCAAAGGGAGAUUACGUGUCGCUUGUGGACAAUCCCGAGCGCUUCACGGGGUACUCUGGGGUGGGAUCUCAGCAGGUCUGGGAAGCCAUCUACCGCGAGAACUGCUUCAGCAAGCCUCCGAAAGGUGUUUCGUCGAGCGUGCAAUCUCCCUUUGGGGGUGCUUCUCCGUUCGGCGGGUUCGGCAGCGAACAGCAGCUGGAGGCCGCCAACCAGCUGCGCAAUGUCAUGAAGCAGCAAGGCUUCCAGCGGAAUGUAAAGUCGGCAAUCGCCAGCGGAAACGCACCGGCACGACUGGACCCUGUCGAGUUUGACGACACUUGCAUUGAGAAACGUGUUUUCCACCGAGUGAUAUCGGGCAUGCAUUCAUCCAUCUCGACCCACUUGUGCUACGAUUAUCUCAAUCAGACUACUGGCCAAUGGCAUCCCAACCUGGCCUGCUAUGAGGAGCGUCUUCACAAUUAUCCCGAUCGCAUCUCCAACCUCUACUUCAACUACGCACUUAUAAUGAGAGCUGUGGGCAAGAUAAAGCAGCACAUCAAGGACUACUCCUUCUGCUCUGAAGACCCCGUACAGGACGAGCGCACCAAGAACUCGGUCCUUCGUCUAGCCUCGGCUCUACCCGACGGACCAGAAGUGUUUGAUGAGACCGUCAUGUUCCGCGACCCCGACGCCAUCGUCCUCAAGGAAGAUUUCCGCAACCGCUUCAGAAACGUGAGCCGCAUCAUGGACUGCGUGGGCUGCGACAAGUGCCGUCUCUGGGGAAAACUCCAGACAAACGGCUACGGUACCGCCCUCAAGGUCCUCUUCGAAUUCGACGAAAACGACUCUUCAAAGGACCCGCCGCUCCGUCGGACCGAGCUUGUUGCUCUCAUCAAUACCAUGCAUCGUCUUUCCCAUUCCCUGCGCGCCCUCCGGGAAUUCAGGCGGAUGAUUGAGGACCGAGAUGAUAUUCCCCGCAUCCCUGCCAAGUCGACGCCAAAGACGGAAAAGGAAGUGCAGAAAGUCAAGGACGCUCUCGGUGACGAUGUCGAGGAUAAGGCGUCUGCCAAGGAAGACGAUGAUGGGGUGCCGGACUUCACUCGCGACUGGGAUGCCUCCAAGAUGACCGCCAUGGAGGAAUUCUGGGCUGAGUACUAUCUUAUACAGCGCGUCUUCAUAUAUGUUUUGAAAAGCUGGAUGGCGCUUCCGAAGAAGUUGUCCGAGAUUAUGAUCUUUGAACUCUCGCGCUUGUGGGAUUGGUGGUUGGGAUACCAGUCCGCACCCAGCGGCUGGCGAUGGCAGUUCACCGUGCCUCGCGAAGAAUUGUAG